AUGGGGACCAGGGUCCUGCUUCUCUCCAUCUUAAUGAUUUCUUUCAACUGGUCCAUGGGGGCUGUCAUCACUGGGGCGUGUGAUAGAGAUGUUCAGUGUGGGUUUGGUCUAUGCUGUGCUGUCAGCCUGUGGCUUAGGGGACUGCGGAUGUGUAUACCACGAGGGGAAGAGGGGGACGAGUGCCACCCCUUCAGUCACAAGGUGCCCUAUCCAGGAAAAAGACAGCAUCACACCUGUCCAUGUCUUCCUCAUUUGGUCUGUACCAGCUACACAGGUAGCACAUACAGGUGUACCAAAGACUUCAAAAACCUAGACUUUUGAUGACAGAGGAGGAAGAAGAGGAGAGAGAAGAAGAGG